AAAUUCUCUCUUUCACUCACAAAUAUCUGAAGAAAAACUCAAAAGAAAGAAAAUUUUACGAAGAAGAAGAAGAAGAGAAAUAGUGGCGACUCAGGAUAGUGAAAGAGGAGGAGAGGCGGGUAACGGUCGUCUCCAAUCGUUUAUUUCAUCGAUAUUUGCGAGUAUAGGUGGUGUUUUUAGUCAGUAUAAUAAUCAAGAACAAGAAGAAGAUCUUCAAAUGGAUAACAAUAGUGUUGGUGUUCCUCACAAUUUACCCAGAGGAGAAAUGGGAGGAAAACAGAAAAAUGCACAAGCCGAUGGAAGAAAUAGGCGUGCUCUCGGAGACAUUGGCAACCUUGUGCCUGCUCCUGCUGCAGAAGGAAAGCCUAAAGCAGCUCAGAUUUCUCGCCCUGUGACUAGGAGCUUUUGUGCACAGUUGCUAGCUAAUGCACAAGAAGAGAAGAACAAGAAACCACUAGCAGAAGUUGUCAAUAAAGAUGUACCAGCCAAGAAGAAGGCAUCAGAUAAGGAAAUGAAGACUGUUGGGGGAAGUCCAUUGAGCAAAAGAAAAGCAAAGAAGUCUGGAAAGACUCUCACUUCUACUCUCACUGCUAGAAGCAAGGCUGCUUGUGGACUUUCCAAUAGACCAAAGUAUGAGAUUGAGGACAUCGAUGUCGCUGAUGCUGAUAAUCAUUUGGCUGCUGUAGAGUAUGUUGAGGAUAUCUACAACUUCUACAAGCUCACUGAGGGUGAAAGUCGAGUGGAUGACGACUACAUGAACUUUCAACCAGACCUGAAUCAUAAGAUGAGAGCCAUUUUAGUGGACUGGUUAAUAGAAGUUCACAGGAAAUUUGAGCUUAUGCCUGAGAGCCUUUACCUUACAAUUACCAUACUGGACCGUUUCCUCUCGCUGAAGACGGUUCCAAGGAAGGAACUUCAGUUAGUUGGCAUUAGCUCAAUGCUAAUUGCUUGCAAGUAUGAAGAGAUUUGGGCACCAGAGGUGAAUGAUUUCAUUCAUAUAUCAGACAAUGCAUAUGCCAGAGAGCAAAUACUUCAGAUGGAGAAAGCAAUUCUUGGGAAGUUGGAAUGGUAUUUGACAGUUCCAACACCAUAUGUUUUUCUGGUUAGGUACAUUAAAGCUGCAACACCAUCUGAUAAUCAGGAGAUGGAGAACAUGACAUUCUUUUUUGCUGAACUUGGUCUUAUGAACUACAAGAUCACAAUAUCAUACCGCCCAUCAAUGCUAGCAGCAUCGUCCGUUUAUGCUGCUCGUAGCACUCUCAACAAAACUCCACUAUGGACUCAAACUCUGCAGCACCAUACUGGCUACUCAGAAGAUCAGUUGAUGGAAUGUGCAAAGAUAUUGGUUAGUUAUCACUUGGAUGCUGCAGAAAGUAAGCUGAAAGCAAUUUACAGGAAGUUUUCGAGUCCAGAUAGAGGUGCUGUUGCAUUCUUCCCACCAGCAAGAAAUCUCCUACCUACUACUACUACUGAUGCUGCUUCCUCCUCUUCUUGAAGAAUUUUAUUUUUUAGUUUGGGAAGCUUUUUGGGAUCAUUUUACUGCUGUGAUCUCUCUAGCUUAGACUAAGUAGUGGUGUGAUAGUGUGAUUUGAUUUUGGAGUGUGAAACUUUUGUAUGGUUGAUGAUGAUUUUACCUACUAGUGAAGUCAUGUAAAUCCAGAAUAUAUAUUUUUUUGUGAAUAUAACUAGUUCAUUCUUUUUUU